AUGGGCAAAUUCCACGAUAACAGCGUACUUGAUGCUUCCUCUGCCUCCAAUCCCCGCAAUCUAUACUGCAUGGAUUCUCCGCGAGUUCGUUCGAAACGGUCCUUCGCUUGCAAGGAGCCAGGCUGCGGACGCUCUUUCCUGCGCCAGGAGCACCUGCAGCGGCAUCAUUUAAAUCAUGCACCGCAGGAGAUCUUUUCGUGCGAUCUAUGUCCCAAGUCAUUUGUCCGGCAAGAUCUCUAUCGACGGCAUAAAUCACGCCAUGAAAAAGGAAUGUUCUUUCGAAAUACCGGGGGCGUUGUGAAGCCAUCAUCUGCUGCUCAAUCACCUCGCCGCAAAUCCAAAGCCUCGCUGAUGCAGGCCUGUACCGCGAGCCAGCUGAACUCGACACAAAUUGAAGGCCACGAGCAUGCCGCCAGCUCGAGCUCGGGGGACAUGGACAAGACUACCAGCGACCCACAACAACCCGGAGAAUUCCAGAGCGGGGACGGCGCUGCAGUUGAUCCCGUAUGGACCGGGUGGGUCGAACCCGACAAUAGACAGGACGAUUUAGAUUGGUUUUUCGAACCAGGGCAGAGCAGCCAGGAUCUCGUGGAGACGGCAAUCUCACAUUUGGACAUUGAUCUGCUGAUGAACGUCGACUUGCCCUCCCAAUUCCGCUCUGGAAACAUGGGCGCUGAGUACAUGUUGGAAGGAGACAGGAUUGGGGGCGUUCCCAGCAGUAGCCAACAGGAUGAGUGGCUGAUUGCUCGAUCCAAUAUCUUUGAUGCACUGGCUCAGCUGGAUACUAGCAUCUUACAAUCCCCGUUCUUUGACGUCGUUAACCUGAAGAUGUUCUACGCCCUCUACCUCGAGCACUACCACCCCCAUUUCCCCAUUGUCCACCAGCCAACACUGUCUGCCAUUAGUUGCGAGCCACUCCUGCUUAUAGCCAUUUUAGAUCUCGGUUCCACUAUAGUCAGCGAUGAUGCACUGUUUCUCGUGGGGCAACAGGUCCACAACUCGCUUCGCCAAAUCGUUAUCAACAGCGGCAUGUUUGAGCCCCCGAUUCCGCUCUGGUGUCUGCAGGCUCUCCUCCUUGUGCAAGCUUACGGGAAAAUGAUCUCAUCGCGAAAGAACUACGAAAUGGCGCACAUCUUCCACGGGGCAAUCAUUACAAUGAUGAAAAGGGGAAGUGCCUACCUCGCGGCCUCCACCCCUCGCGCUCCUCAGCCUACAGACUCCGUCCAGCAAACCUGGUUCCGAUGGAUCAGCGAAGAAUCCUGGAGACGAACGGCGUUUUUUGCCUUUGUCAUGGAUGCCCAGCAUGCCUGUGUCUUUGGGCACAGCCCUGUGCUGUCUGUGAGUGACAUGCAGAUGGCACUUCCGUGCGCAGAAUCCCUGUGGGAAUGCACAUCCCCCGAGGGCUGGCAGGAACUGAGAUCCCAGGGCCAGUGCCACUCUUCCUCCACUGAAAAUGCCACCCCCUCGUCUUCCUCCAUCUCAUACUUCCUCCCAGCGCUCAAAUCCAUGAUUCGCGGAAACAUUGUCCCUCCAAGCUGCAGCGAAUACGCAAGGUUUAUCCUGCUGCAUGGCCUGAUGAAUCUUCAGACCCAUCUCCACGCUGGUUCUCGGUUGACGCUUGGGAUUGAAGUCGGGAAAUUCCACCCAAAGGAGUCCGUAGCCUUGACGGAGGGAGGAGAAGGAGGGGCGGCGAGGACUGCCACGUCCAAUUCGGAAACCCUCGUAAAGCCAUGGGCUCCCCUUAUUAGCUCCGCAAUCGACUCGUGGUCGACCUGCUUGUUCUCAUUACAGCCUUCAGUAUGCCUCGAGGCUGCCCGGCCCCUGCACCGUAUCGCACAUAUCACCCUGCAGAUCAGCGUAAUCGACAUCCACACCCUCGCCAUGGACCCCGACCGACUCGACAGCCCUGUAGCGCGCAACAACUACGAAAAGACAAGAGCCCGGAUGCAACGAUGGUGCUUCUCCGACUCUGCGCACGAGGCCUUUCGGCAUGCGCUGCUCCUGGUCCAGGAGACCAUGUUCUCAGGCCGUCUCUAUCGAGCCCGGGACGACCAUAUCGCGCCGCGGCCGUGGUGCUUGUAUAUUGCGGUUCUGACCCUCUGGGUCUACGGAGUCAUCACCGAGGGAGAGCUGCCACGGGAUGCAGCAGUCAAAUCCAGUGCGGAGGAUUAUGUGAUUCGUAUGACGAGUGCGUUGCAGCGAGGACUGGCGUCUGCUGUUGGAGCGAACCGGACAGACGGGCUCAUUAGGGCAGCUCGUGAUGCACUCUUUGGCUGUCGCUGGGAGCUCUUGGAAGAGGCGAGGAAUGUCCUAACGAGAAUAGCGGGAGACGGCGCGAAUGGUCAAGUGGUUGCCCCGAACAAGAUGUUGAUUUAAUCUACGUAGUAUGGUUGGGUACGAUAAUAAGUAGGGAUAAUGUUAGCUCGCGUCUUCGACAGCUGCAAGCCUCACUCAUGUCUGCGUGCAUUAAGCAGGGGGGUAGAGCAGUUUGUCUUGACCCAUGCCGGGCACUCCUUGAAUAUUUGUAGCACGCUCGGUGCAAAGUGGGUUAUACAGUCUGCGGGAUGUUAUAUGUAUACGAAGGACUCAAAGUAGG